AGUCCGGCGGGGUCGUCGGCAGCCGUCGGCGUCAAGAUGGCGGCGGUCGAGGGUGCGCAGUAAACCAGGAGACACACGAGGCGUGACGUAACUGAACGCGCACGUUGCUAGCUGCAGUUGGACGCAGGCAAGAUGUCGACGAGGCGCCAACGCCAGAAAGCAGCCGAUAACGUUAGGAUUGACGGCACGGCGUCGAAGCAGUAGAACUGUUUUGCCGUUCUCAAGGAGAUGUACUCGCCCCCGGUAUGAUUUAUAAAAAGCUAAAUGGUUCCAAUUCUUAGAUGUAUAGGAUGCGUCCAUGGCAUCGAAGACGCAGCAGAACGUGAUGGUGUUUGAUGAAGGCGGAGUGGCAAGCCCUGCAGCCGCUCCCGUGGCCAACAAUCUGCCCCAGCGCUUUGGCAGGGCGAGCCGACACAUUCUGGAGCAAGGUGAACAAGGAUCAGAUGGAAGCCACAAAGACACAGGAACAAUAGGCCAAGCGGAAGUGCGGCCAAGAACAUUCAGCUCGUCACCCAUUGGACCGUCUGCCAUGAAACCGCCUACAUGUGACUUCCUGGCACCUGACAGCACCCGCAGAGGCAUUAGAGUGACUUUGGACAACAACAAUAUGUGGAACGAAUUCUUCAGGUGUCAAACUGAAAUGAUUAUCACCAAACAAGGCAGCAGGAUGUUUCCGUAUUGUCGUUUUCGCAUCUCCGGCUUGCAGCCAUCCAGCAAGUACGUCUUAAUUUUGGACAUUCAACCUCUAGACGGAAGUCAUUACACAUGGACUGGUACUAGCUGGCAAGUGGCCGGGAAGGCGGAGAGUCACAUCAGGAGUCCACCAUUCACUCAUCCAGACUCGCCUUCAACGGGUCAGCAGUGGAUGCAGAAUCCUGUUUCCUUUUACAAACUGAAGCUCACGAGCAACACCGCCGACAAGGAGGGCAAUGCCAUACUACACCCAAUGCAUCGCUACGUGCCGCGCCUACACUUGGUCCAAACGGAGAAAGCCGAUGAAGACAUUAAGCUAAGUGGGUCCAAUGUAGCUACGUUCACUUUCCAACAGACCGAGUUCAUGGCUGUCACUGCAUACCAGAACUCCCAGUUUGCUCAGCUGAAAGUGGACUAUAACCCUUUUGCCAAAGGACUGAAAGAGGACACCAUAGGAUCAUGGGGCCUGAAACUGAAAACGCACAAAGAAGCACACCAAUAUGGAGAGGAAAAAACCAGUGAGCAGCAACCUUUGAAGAGAAACUUGAAAUCUUUGCUUGCAAAUCAUAAAAGUAGAAACUCCCAGGACCCCAAGGCUUCGGAGGCGGCUUCAGUCCUAAAAGCCUCUUCUGGAUCCGGUACCAAAGUUUUGGAGGGCAUUUCCUGCAGCAAAUCACGGCCAGCACAGAAGUUAAUUGCUGAACUCAUUCGAGAGGCGCAUGUUUCCCUGAAAAGAUGCACUCUGGAGUCGUCGGUUGCCUCCCAAACACCUGAGCAAACCAACGCUAAAACCACACCAGGGAAGGGCUGCAGCCAAGAUGUCCCCCAAGCUGAUGGAAAGUCCAUCCCAUCAUGUCAGGAAAUUUCACCACAGGAUAAGAGUGAUGCUGCAGACAGUGGAUGUUCUGACAAAGUGAGCAGAGAAGUCGUUUCAGAACAAAAAUGUCAGUCGAAGGUUGGACUAGAACACAGUGUUAAACGUCCGGCACAGCUUACUCUGCCAGCUUUGGCUCGGUUUUUGAAACAACAUUCAACCAAGACCAAAAAAGUCAAGAGCAAGCCGGAAUCUCCUCCUAACCAAGCUCUCCCUAAUGUCCAAAAAGGAACGAACACAGCUUCUACAGAUCAGCCUAGUUCUACAAGUUGUAACCUUAAACCCAAUGAUCCAACUAUGAGCCCAAGAAUAGCAGACCAGAUUACUAAAAAUGAUCCUGGAAAAGUGACUGAAUCCAUUCAACAGCCCUCCAGUCCCAGUCUGUUAUUCCAAGACACCAUGGCCUCUCCGGGACCAAAGGGCUCAAGAAAUAUUGAUUGUGUUCUGGAAAGCGGUGAACCAGAGCCAAUCGUUUUGGAGGAAAAAACAGUAUUAGACAAUGUUGAGCAGUCAUUGAGUAACCACGAGAUUUUUAGUUGUUCAGCUCAUACUACCUCAUCCGCAUCUCCCGUAUUGCCCCCCCUGUUUGACACGCCAUUAGCCUCUGCACAUGUUUCAAACACCCUGUCCUCAGAGUCCAAGUCUGUCGGUUUCCUUCCUGACUCACCCUGCUCACCCUUUGGUUUUGAGCCUUUGUCCCCUGCGAGUUCUCCAGAGCCACUACCUUCUCUACCGGUCUCUUUUGCAUUAGACCUGGACUCUGUCACCUCUGAGCCUCCUGAGGGAUUGCCAGCCCGGGAUGAUUCUUGCCCGUCCGUCUUUAAAUGGCACACGGUGUUACCGCCUGCAGAGCCCUAUGUGGACUCUUCCUUCGCAGUGUUCCAACCCACAUCAACUCUUUCACUGGACUCGUCUUUAUUGCCUUCUGAAACCCCCAACGUUUCAUCCCAAUCUCCGUCAAACCCUCAAUCCCAGACUGCCACUGACAUUCAGUCAAAGACUUCUGUUGAUUCACAGACUCUUAUCCAUUCGGAUGCCCCAGUUGUUCACGCACUUUCGUUUCAAGAGAAUGAACAGCCCCUACCUUUUCCGGGAGAACUGUCGCCCCUCGUCCUUCCGUUGGCUCUGUCUCCAACAUUCUCCUCUUUGGACGGAGAAGGUUUGUCACCCACACCUUCAAUUGCAGAUCUUGUGCACUUUUUUUCUACUGAUGAUCACCUUGGAAUGGGGAUGGACUUUCCAAGCACCGAUUCGCUGACACCUCCCUGCCCGCCUGAUGCUUCAGCGGAAGUCAAUACAAACCGUCAUCCUCAUCAUGUUCCAUUGGUCCCGUCCCCCAAGGAUUUGAAGUGCAAAAAGAGGCCACGACGGCAAAAGCUCGCCAAGUCCGACCCGGAUCAGAAGAUGGAUGGCUCGGCCUACACCGCCAUGCAGCCUAACCUUGAAGAAGUAGAGGAGCAACUCUUUAUCUCCUUCACAUCCAAGGAGGCCCUCAAACUUCACAUUGCAGACUCUGAAGAGAAAGAAAGCAGGCGUCCGGUGGCGUCAUCACAAGUUCAACUGCAGCAGCUGACUGAAGAACCAACCAAUGAAGUGACAAUAGCUGCCUUUGAGAAAGUUCUUCUGAAAGAUGUAAAGAUGAUGAAGCACCAGCAGAUCAUCCACCCGGUGCUACAGGAGGUUGGACUGAAGAUGAAUCUGCUGGAUCCGACUCUGUCCAUCGACCUGCAGUACCUCGGUGUUCGUCUACCCAUCCCUCCUCCUGGAAGUUCUCAGGAGCCCCCUAGCCAAGAGCUCCCGCCGUUACAAAGUGCUUCCACGUCGUUUGUGUCAAGAACGGGGAAAACCACAGAUUUGACCCAGAUUAAAGGUUGGAGAGAAAAAUUUACUCCAUCUGAAACAUCCACGGUUCCGCCACCCUCCACGUCCGAAGUGUGCGUUGCCUCAGAGCAGAACAAGAAGAACUUGUCUGCUUUCUGCAGCGACAUGUUGGAUCAGUACCUGGAGAGUGAGGCCAAGCUGAUAGACGAGCGUGCCACCAGCUUCUCUCAGCCGCCGGUAGAACUGCCGCCCCUCUACGAGCUUCCUGCCAGCAGCAGCAGCUACGUGCGCCCCCUCAACAGUAUUCUCAAAAAGCCCACCUCAGAUCUCAUCUCUGGAUUCAUCCCACCUUCCAAGAGAUCCAGAGUCCCCGUCAGGGAGCAAAAAGCCACUAGAAAAGUUGACAGGAAGCAGAAGACUUACCAACCUGAAGCUGUUCCUGUUUCGCCAGCGUCUCAACCAGCAGUUCCAACCUCAACCGCCCACCCCCAGUCACAGCACAAGGACCACCUCACAGAACUUCCCACAGAACCUCCAAAACCACAUAAAGAACCCCCCACUGUCCAAUCAUCGUUAUCCAAGCGCACAGAACUGUUCCCAGCCCCCCCUCACCGUCCCGCCCUCAACAGGAGAAAAAAUCUCAAAUCUAAAACCUCCCCUAAGGUCCCGAGCAGGUCCUUGCGAACGGCGGACUUGCCCCCCCUGGAGUCUGACUCUGAAGUGGACGAUGCAAACCCUCCUGGUGUCCCUGGACUGUCAGUGACUCGAGGUCUGCUCAGGCAGAAAGACUUGGAGGAUGUCGUCACAUGGCGGGGUCGACCUCGCAACUUCAUCACGGAAGAAAGAGCAACCAUUGCUCUGACGUCCCUCUUCACCUUGAUGGGAUUCGUGUGCGACAAUCCUACUGCUCCCAUCCAGCUGCCCCUCAGGCCCGCCGCCCCCUGCCUCAACGACUUCUGCCGGCUGGGCUGCAUCUGCUCCAGCUUGGCCUACACGUCCCGCAUCAGCCACUGCGGACGCCCGCAAUGCAUGCUGGGAUGCAGCUGCCUCAAGCAGAAGGUGGUCCUGCUCAAGAACCUGGACGGCUCAGAUUCAAGCCCGUCCCCUCACGGCACCGGCAAGAAGAGGAAAAGGAAAAGGAUGAAGAUGGCCUACAUUCUGAAGGAGGCCGACAGCGUCUCUCAGCCGGCUGAUCGGGUGCGGACUCUCUGGAAGACGGGCGAUAGAGGAUUGGACCCGGAGCCCAUCCACGUCCCGGAGCCUGCCUUGCGGUCCUCCAGCACCGUCUCCACUAGGAUAUCUUCAAAGGCGAGCGAGGACUCUGGCAGCUGCGCCCGAGUGAGAAGAUUUGCAGGAAAGAACGGAACAAUACGGCAUCAAGUCAUCCAGGAGGUACCUGAGCGCCCUCCAUCCAAACCUCGCAGGAGAAAAUUCCAAGGAACAAAAACCAAAGUGCAUUCAGGAGCUCCACAAGCUCAGCCGGCGGCGUCCAGUCCACCUCAGAACCUUUCGACGUACUCAAAGCCAUCGAGACGCCUCACUAUCCUCACAGAGUGUCGCUGGAAAUUGAAUGGUGACCGUGAUUACGUGCUGAAGAAGCUGUGUGAAACCAUGGCUCAGGACCGCCUUGACAAGCCCUUCUGGGCCAGGAAGUACCACAUCAAUCCCAUCAGUCAGACCGUGGAGGAGACUGGCGCCGGACGCUGCAUCCACUACAAAGUCCUCAUCAGCAGACGUGACAAACUUGAGCAGGGUGACUACACCGCACUGGUGGCGGAGGAUGCGGAACCUGUAAAGGAUGGGCCCAGACAAGAGGAAGAGGAGGUGGAGUCGGUGGACAACUGGCAGAGAGAAGUAGCCGAGGAGCCGGAGCCUGUGGAGGACUGGCAGAGGGAGAUCAUGGAAGAGGACUUGGUGGAAGACUGGCAGCGCGAACUUAAUGAAAGCGACCUGGAGGAGCAGCGGGUGCAUGAAGAGAGUAAGAGCUUGAAUAUGGAGAAGCGGAAGCUCAGUGUGGAUAUGGCUCUGCCGUUCCUCAUGGGAAUCUCCCCUGCUGGCUUCCUGUCGGCCAGAAAAAAGACGCCAGGCGGCAAAGAUCCCAUUGAGGUCAACGGAAAGUUGUAUCCACUGGCCAAGAUCCAGCUGGGGGGCAUGGGGGCGCUCCACCCUGCCAACCGCCUGGCAGCUUAUCUGACGGGCCGCGUGCUGGGCAACAGGAAGCAGCAAGCCCCGGCCUCUUUAACGGAGCCCCCUCAGUCCUUGCCGGCGCUCCCUCCCGUUACCGUAACACCCACCACUUGCGCCCCCAGCGUCAAGUAUAUCACCAUCCCGCCCCCCCCAUCAGUUGCAGCCUCCGGCCUUCCGGCGCCUCCUGCAGUGGUGCCCACGGCGGCCAUUAAGACUGUGGCGUCGACAAACCACAUCAUGAAGGCGCCCGUGAAAUCCAAUCAUCAGUCAGCCCCCACCUCAGGCUCGGCGCCCCCUACCGGGUCCGUGCUGUUAACGCUUCCACCACCUCGAGCCCCCAUUCGGCUUCCCGUCUUGUCCUGUCCUCAGCCACCCCCCUCCUCUUCAGUCAGGAUGGUUUUACGACAAGUUCACAACCCGACAGGUUUACGAUACUACCGCAAACCGGAUGGAAACCUGGUCCAGCUGAUCCCCGUGACCCAGCUGAGACCCCCCAGCACCGUUGUCAAGACCGGUUCGGCAACAUCUGUACUCAUGGAUUCUUCUCAUGUGCUCAUGGCGAGUAGUAGACCCACCUGUCCGACGCUGCCGAGCUCCGUCUACAACAUGUCUGGCCUCAAGUCUUUCACUGUGACCAAGGGUUCCGGGUCCCUGAGCAACAAUGGAAUGUACACCUUAAAAAUUCUUCCCGUGACGUCCAAAGCAGAUCAGGUCCAGCUCAACUCACAGAAGGUUCCGGCCCAGCCCACCCAUCUGACCCCUACCAGCCCGCUCACGUCCGCAGCCCACAGCGUGAAGCCGGGGAUAAAAGCUGAGACUGUCCCGGAUGAGCGUGAAGAUGAGACCACGCUAACAACUCUGAGAUCAGACGUCACGCCUUCGCCGACACUAAUUCACCCCGCACCUGAGCCCGCUCGGGACUUGGUCGAUCUUGAUAUCAUCUGCGUGGAUGAUGAUGAUGAUGAUGAUGAUGUGGCGGCUGGGAAGGACCCGGGAGCCAAGCGCUUAAUCGAAGAAGUCAAUAUGCCGGAUCCAUCAAGCGACGAGACGGAAAACUCGUCUGACUUCACAGACAACUCCAGUGAUGACAACAGUAUGGACGUGGCUGGUGGGUCACCUCAGGUCAAGAGCGUCAAUUCGUGUAAGGUGGUCAUGGAGAGAAUGCGGCGUUCCAGGAUAUCUCAGUUGGUUGGUGCAUUGAAACAUGAGGUCGAACUCGAUGCCGCCACGUCAACACUCGCUACUUUGAAAACGGCGACCCGGGUGAUCGAGAAACUCCGGACCAGCGAGAUACGUCUUAAGAGAAAGAAGAUGGUUCUGGCCAAGAAAAGGGACCAUUUGCUUGCUGUCGUUCCCUCCACAGGUCACAGCCGCCAUGACGGCUCACCUGAGACGCAGGCAGGAAGUCCAGGCAGCGUGGGAGCUGAUGGGUUGAGAUUGGCAGCGCAGGGCGGCAAUCUUUGUGUUGUCACUGGAAAGAAAAGGCACGUGUUCGAGAACAACACGUCAGGGGAUGACGCCAUCGAAGAGCUCAAUGAGUGUGGACAGGAGCUCAGUUCCGAAGCCGUGACUCCUCAGGUCUGCGAGGACCUUCAGCGAUGCACCAGAACCGACAGCCAUCAGUCAGGUCCAAAUUCGUAUCUAGAUGAGAAGCGCAAAGCAGCCAAUCAGCUGACUCCAACAGAUGACAACAAUGCAUCCUGCAGUCAGAAGCUCCACCAUGAACAAGCUCCUCCCACUCCUGCUCUUCCCACCCCUUCAACUGACCACAGAGCUUUCCGUCAGCUCCAGGGGAGCGCUCCGAGAGGCAAAGUCUCCAACGAAUCAGCGGUGAGGAACCGGCGCAAGACCACCCCCAACAUCUUGCGUCGCCGCAAGAACCUCGCCUCGUCUAGUAGGACCCGUGUGAGACCCACCACCCGUCAGGCCAUCAUAGCAUCUGACACUGCGAUGGUCACGGCCGCAGCAUUGCCGAGGCAACCGGUACUAACACUCCCGCUGGUGGCAGGACAGCUAGCGUCUUCUUCUACAGCAGGCGCCGCCCCAGUCAACGUCAACGUUCCCAUUGCGACCAAUCAGCACAUGUACCUGGCCGCCGUGCCCCUCCCACCAACCACUCCAAACUUGAACAGCGUCUUCCACUUGGCUCCUCCCACAAACGCACUACAACCACGCCCAACCGAGCGUCUGCCUCAUGUUCCCGUGGCCCUGUUACUCGGCUCUGGCGGAUCCGACCCAGCCUCAGACCGCAAGCAGUGCCAGGAGGCCGAAGAUGGUCUCAAGCCGCUCGUCAACAAGAUCGCCCCCCUUGAGACCGCCGCUGUGUCCAAGGUGGGGCUAAACAGCCACACGGCGUCUGACGAGAGCUGUAAAGGAGCCGUGCUGACUCCUCCUCCGCUGCUGCACAUGAAGGUAGGCGGGACAAAGACUGAGUGCCCUCCUAAAACGGAGACUUCAUUGGAGGCACGGGAUGACGGUGUGUCAUGGCGGCCAAUGCCCAGGUUGGUUCCCCUGGGCAUGAGAGGAGUCCCGCCCAACUGAUGGCGCCACAUCAAUGACUGUUCAUCUGCUCAGCUCACACCAAGUCAGGUGACCUCUGUUGAUCUUGUUAGUUUGUUCCAAAGUUUUAUUUUUUUACAUUGUAAAUAGUGACACUAAUUUAAAUAAAGUUUGACCACUGCUUUCUACAACACUUAAUUGCCACUCCUACAAUUUUUAGAAAUAGAACGUCAGGUAAAGUUUUUAAUUAUUAAUCUCCUCUGUUAUGGAACCAUCACCCUGACUCAAUCUGUGGGACACACAUCCAUUCAAAUAAUUCAUUCAUUUUCUACGCUGCUUAAUCCAUUUUAGGGU